UCUUGUGAUUGACAGCCGUUCGAUCCGGCGCGCGCAUGUCAUGUGAUUCUCCGGAAAACAGCAGCGGAUCACUGCUAGACUCGAACUGCUUCAGUGAAGAAGUUUCUUCCGUUUUCAGCCAACAAACCAAACUGAAUAAGGCAUUAGAAUUGUGUCGGGAAAGAACGGUGUGGGAAAAAAUGGACUUGGCACAUCAUGGUCUUGUGCUUCUGAAGCGUCUCAAUGCUCAGAGAGAGUUUGGUUUCCUCUGUGACUGUACUGUGGCCAUUGGGGAUGUUCUUUUCAAAGCCCAUAAAGCCGUUCUUGCUGCUUUCUCAAACUACUUCCGUAUGCUGUUUAUCCAUCAAGACAGUGACUGUGUUCGACUGAAGCCUUCAGACAUACAAGCAGAUAUAUUUAGCUACCUGCUUAAUUUAAUGUACACUGGAAAAUUCACCACACAGCCUAUUGACCCUCUUCGCCUUGAGCAGGGUGUAAAAUUCCUGCAUGCUUACCCCUUAUUACAGGAGGCAAGUCUUCUUAUGAACCCAGAGUCCCAGUAUGUACCUUUGACAAACUCACUUUAUGGUAUACAGAUACCUGAUCAGACAUGCAGCCGGCCCAAAAUUAAUUCAAUGUGCAAGGGUGAUGUUUAUGCUAAAAACUGUGAAAUAGUUGGCCAAGAAUUUUCAGAAAUUUCUGAUAUGGAUUAUAGAUCUCCCCAACCUGUCGGCAUAGAGUCACCCACCCAGAACCCUGCAGCCACGGUUGUCCAACACCUCACAUAUGGCAUAAUGAGUAGAAGUGCUUCCUCCAGAAAGCAUUACGGCUGCAAUUAUUGUGGAAUCCGUUUUAAUCAGAGGUGCAAGUUGAAGGAGCAUCUACUUGUCCAUACCAACCAAGCAACUGAGCCGCAGGUGUCGUUGAUGCAAAAUGGUCACACUAUUGAGCUUGAAGCUCAGGAAAUAGAGGAGGACCUUUUGCAUGCUGACAGUGAUGUUAUUAGUGAUACCGAUCAACAGGUGUGGAUGGAAGACACCCCACCUCCCUCUGAAAUUGCUGAUUUAGACAACCUGGAGGGCACCGAGAUGGGUCGUGAAAUGAAACGCAGAAAAUUUGAGUGUCCCACCUGUGCUCGCAAGUUUAUUCAGAAGAGCCACUGGCGUGAGCACAUGUACAUUCACACAGGAAAACCGUAUAAGUGCAGUGCUUGUGGAAAGAACUUCUGCAGAGCAAACCAAGCUGCUCGACAUGUUUGUGUAAGUCAGGACGCAGACUCAUACAUUAUGGUCAACAAACAGAGUUUGGUUCUGUGUGGUGGAGAAGACAACAGUCAGGUGGAAGCUCUCUUCCAGUCUUCGGAAAGACCCUAUAAAUGUAGUAUGUGUGCAGCUCCUUUUGCAAGUCCUUCAGAGGUUCCCAAACAUCAGUGUUUGACUGACAGUGAAGCUGUACCAUUGGCAGAAAAUGCACUGGGGGAAAAUCAAAAUAAGGACUUGGCAACAACUACUCCUGAAGUUACCAGUCCUUCUUAAAAUGUCAUGCUAAAGCAGUAUUUGUCUGUUUCAGUGCCAAUAUUUAACUUUUAUGUGUUUGUGUUAUAAACUGAGAGAAUUGCAUUUUCUUCUGCAUUUCUUUUUUCUAUGUAUGCAUUACUAAAAGGUCAUUUGUGAAUUUGUUUGAAACUAAUAAAAUGCCAACUAUAUUUACUGUUUCUUAUCACAACUAACUUCUUAGUUGCCUCUUUAAAGCAUCCUAUAUUGCACAAAGUUGAAAAAUAAACCAGCAUUUUAUCAA